AAAUCAAGGAGAGCAAGGCAGAGGCCGAGUUUUCACUGCUUUGAAGUGAGCAUAGUAUGUCUCUCAGGGAUCCACCGUAUGAACCUCCCUCAGUCGCAGAGCUGCAGGAGUUUCUGCUAACAGACAGAAAACCUACUGGACACGUCAAUCAAGUCUGGCCAAACCUUUACAUUGGCAACGAGGUAGCAGCUCGUGACAAGAGCACUCUCCACAGUCUGGGAAUUACUCACAUUGUAAACGCCGCUCAUGGACGCACCAGUCAAGGCUUUGGUUACUACGUCAACACUGGCCCACGCUUCUACAGAGACAUGGCAGUGGAUUAUUAUGGGGUGGAGGCUGAUGAUGCAGUAGACUUCAUCCUAAGUCCUUUCUUCUACCCGACAGCACGAUACAUCCGAGCUGCGCUGGCCAUGGGAGGACGGGUGUUCGUCCACUGUCUGAUGGGCGUGAGCCGCUCUGCAACCUUAGUGCUGGCCUUCCUGAUGAUUAUCGAGGGUCUGCGACUGUGGGAGGCCGUGGCCGCCGUGAGGUCACACAGAGACGUCUGCCCCAACCCAGGCUUCCUGCAACAGCUCCGCAGCCUGGACAUGAGCCUGGAGAGGGAGAGGAGGAGACGACAGCAGGCCCAGAACCUGUAAACACACAAAUGUACACACAGUGUCCCUGACAUCAGUAUAUACACACAUACACACACACACAUACACACAUCUUUAUUGCUACA